GAGCUUCUUAUAUAAGCGGACGUUACACACCUUCUUCACUCCUCUCAUCUUCUUCACUCCCUCCGCCUCGCACAACUUUCGGCCUUCACGCUCUAACCAUGGCCCAGGACAUGACUCUGCUGUGGGGCUCCGGCUCUCCGCCCUGUUGGAGGGUCAUGAUCGCGCUGGAGGAGAAGAACCUGCAGGGUUACAACCAGAAGCUGCUCUCGUUUGAGAAGGGGGAGCACAAGUCACCGGAAGUCUUGGCCAUGAACCCCCGGGGACAGCUUCCUGCCUUCAAACAUAAAGCCUACGUCCUGAAUGAGUCCAACGCUGCCUGCAUCUACCUGGCGAACCAGUUCCAGUCCCAGGGAACCCAGCUGAUCCCUGACUGCCCAGCUGAACAAGCAAUGAUGUAUCAGCGCAUGUUUGAGGGUCUCACUCUGAACCAGAAAAUGGCGGAUGUUAUCUACUACACCUGGAAGGUUCCGGAGGGAGAGAGACACGACUCUGCUGUGAAGAGAAAUAAAGAGGCUCUGAUUGCUGAGCUUAAGCUGUGGGAGGGAUACCUCAACAAGGGUCCAGGUUCUUUCCUGGCCGGAAACAAGUUUUCACUGGCUGAUGUGGUUGUUUAUCCAAGCAUCGCUUAUCUCUUCCGUUUCCAGUUAUGUGGAGAGCGUUACCCUAACCUGGCAGCCUACUAUAACUCCCUAAAGGACCGAGCCAGCAUCAAAGCCUCCUGGCCUCCGACCUGGCUGGAAUCUCCAGAUAAAUCCGCCAUGCUCAAAGACUUCUGAGACUCAAACACACAUCAGCUGAACCACUGGAACUGUUCCUGUUGCGUAAUAUGUAACCACUCCUUGCAUUGCACUAUUCUAGCUGGCUGCACUUUUUAAGAAAUAUGCAUUUGCUGUGGUUAUUAAUUGCCUAACAUAAUGUGUGUGUGUGUGUGUGUGUGGUCUAAAACUGUGCUGUAAACAAUAAACAUUGAAUUUCAG